AUGCGCGACUUGCGAGAGCUUUACAAGUUAGAAAGUAGCCAGUGUCGUGUUUUCGAGACAGUGCGACAGUUUAUUGCAAGCGCAAAAAAUAGUGCAGUAAGAAGCGAAGUGAUCGGCGUACGCAUAGAACGCCUGGACGAUGCGUUCAAGCAGUUUCAGCUAGUGCGGGCAGAUAUCGAGCUGCAGACUGACCAGGUGACCGGGGUAGACGAUCCUGAGCAGGAGCUGAUGCUGAUCACCGCACGGGCCGAAGAAAAUGACAGCAUAUCUAUGCAGAAAGAGGACGAUUACUGCACGAUGAAGGGUGAGCUGUUGUACCUCCAAUCAUUAGCUCGUCGAUCUGAAAAUGCUGGACAAGCGCCGAACACCAGUUCCCAGGAGUCGAUCGGGUCAUCGUCAAGUUUGGCGCGCGUUAAACUGCCCGAGAUAUCUCUACCAAGCUUUGAUGGGCAGAUCAAGCUUUGGAUAACAUUCCGUGAUUCUUUUAACAGUCUCAUCCAUUCUAACAACCAUCUUUCGGCGAUGGACAAGUUCACCUACCUACGUUCAGCGCUGACAGGAGAAGCGCUUCAGGAGGUGGGCUCGAUCGAGAUUACGGCAGCCAAUUACGAAGUAGCAUGGGCUGCUUUAACAAGUCGAUAUGAGAAUCGCAAACUCAUAGUCAAAACAUAUCUCGAUGCGCUUUUCAAUGCUGAGGUGAUGCGCAAAGAGAGCUACGAUGAAUUAAGUAAACUGAUAGGAGAUUUUGACAACAAUAUUCAAAUGCUGGCAAAAGUGGGUGAAUCAUCCGACGGUUGGAGCACUUUGCUGGUGUACAUGGCCUGUGCUCGGUUGGACCCGUUAACGUUGCGCCACUGGGAAACGUACCACAAUUCCAGAGAAGUACCGAAGUUCAAGGAGUUGAUACGCUUUCUAAAAGAUCAUUGUUCUGUUCUGCAAACCCUUGCACAUCAACCCACUGCUGCUGAAUCCCAGGUGAACCAGACGAGCUUCGGAGUAAGCUAUCCCAGUCCUCAUUUUUCCGCCAAAUGUCCAUUCUGUGCAGAGGAAUUCCAUUCAGCUUUCCGAUGCGUAAAGUUUUUGAAGUGUACAGUUGAAGAACGUGGCUUUUCAGUGAAGAGGGCUCGACUGUGCCUGAAUUGUUUGUCACCCGGUCACGUGGCUCGUGUCUGUAGCAGAGGCUCGUGUCAUCAUUGUGGAUCGCGCCAUCAUUCGUUGCUGCAUCCAGACCCUCAAUCCUCCGUCUCGCAAAUCCAUAUGAAUUCGCCGCCGUCAGUACGUCAAGCUCCACAAUCCCCACCACCAUCUCCAACAUCCCAACCGAUCCCUUCCAAUAGUCCACAUCCCAGACCACAAACUUCAUCAUCGUUCACAGUUAUGCAAAUGCCAGACUUCUCUGAAGACAUCCAUCACACACUUGGACAUCCCACACAAACACACACACCACCACGCCAAGUGCUGCUGUCGACGGCAAUCGUACGCGUCCAGGACCAGUCUGGAAAAUUACGGUCAGCCAGAGCCCUCCUGGACUCCGGCUCCCAGGGCAACUUUAUGAGCUCUUCGUUCUGCCAACGUUUAGGACUUCAGAGUUCCUCCGAGUGUCAUAUCGUUCAAGGGAUUGGUGGUUCAACAACAGUCUCGACGAAGCAGGUGGUGGCAUCCGUUCUUCCCCGUGUAUCGGGAAUUUCCUCGUUUAGCUCUUCGAUAACAUUUCAUGUUCUUCCUGAGAUUUCGAAUACCGUCUCAGCCUGUCGUGUGUCUGUAAGCAGUUUGCCAAAUAGUUUGAUACUUGCUGAUCCCAAUUAUGGUGAGCCCGGGCAAAUAGACCUUAUUAUUGGUGCCGAGGUCUUCUUCGAUUUGCUCUCCAAUGGUCGCUUCAAAGUGUCCGAUGAUGGUCCUAGGUUCCAAAACUCCGUUUUUGGCUGGAUUAUAUCAGGCACGGUUCCAGAGCAGAAAAUGAAAAGCAUUAUUCGUGUCGGCGGCCGGUGGCAACAUGUACCAGCCUCGUUAGAAAGGAAGCAUCUGAUCAACCACAGCAAACAUUGUUCGUUAUCAAAGAGAAGACCGAAACACAGUCACCAUCAAUUUCACCAAACAAAAGACGAGUUUAGUAGACGCGUUCAGAUGAUUAGCAAUACACCAGUUUUUGCUCAGUCAGAGAACUCAACCUUCCCCGUUUAUGCUACUACCAACCGUUGCUGCUAG